CCGAAGUGAGUGGGCGGGGCCAGGUCAUAAGGUGUGGGCGGGACCGGCCGGUGCCCCGGGAACCGGGUAGGGCAGCUAUCCCCUAGGCAUUCCUGCUCGCGUAAGCGACGGAAGCCACUUGUGCCUUGUCACUUUAGAACCUGCCAGGACUCAAGUGUGUACCACAUGUGAGGCCUCAGUUUUCUAUCCUGUAAAGUGGGGAGAAUCACUGCCAUCGCCUGUUUUUUGCAUUUCAGGGACUCCUAAUUCCUUUCAGGAAUUUCUCUAGGGCUCAUUCUUGAACUUUUUACUCCUAUCUACUUUUUCUGAAUGUUUUUUAUAGAUUAACUGUUAGUCUUGAUUUCAACAUUGCUGUUCGCUCCUAAAUCUGCCUUCUCUCUGAAAAGAGAUGAAGGUAGACAAUUUCAUGAAGCUGUGGGAUAGGGGUAUGGCUUUAGUCCGGACGAUUUGGUUCGCAGAAAGCGAAGCCCAUGGCAGAGAGGAGUGAUCUUGGGUGACUGAGUUAGAAGAACAGAAACUUGAUUGCUUCUAUGUGGGCAGCUCUAAGAUCUAAGAUCUCGUCUUGUCCCUGGGCAGGGGGCUUGUUCCUGGAGAUGGGACCAUUCCUAGCUGUUCUGCCUAUUCUGGUCUUCCUUUGGGGAAGGAAGUAAAUGAUGGAGUAAAGGGCGCCUGAGGAAGUUUCUGACGCUGCUUCUCUUGGCUAGACACAUGUUUUUGUGUCAGUCAAGUUGGUGUCAACUGGGUCACAUGUCGCUGAGGAGGUACCAGCUUACAGAGCCACGUGGGCAGGGAGCUGGGACACCGAGAUCAGAGGGAAGGGGAAGUGUUCCACAUUUGUUAGAGGAGAAUCUGAGUGACUGCUUUGCCGGGACAAGAUCUGCCAGCUUGAGGAAGAAUUUUUUUUUUUUUUUUUUUUUAAACAGCGGCUGGGCCAAGUCCACUGUGCUUAUUCUCCGUCUUGCUUUGGAGCUUGGCAUCAGCAGAGCCGAGUGCAUUCUGCAGCCGUUUUCUUUUAAAAUUAAUCAGUAAACUUCAGGGAGAAGGAACGUUUCAGGUUCUCCCAAAGCUUUCCCUCAAGAAUUUGAGAUAAGGCUUGGGAGUGUCACUUCUCCAGGGAUUUUUCCCAGGUCAGGAAAUAACCUGAUCUGGGAAAUAUUUCUAAAAUCUAGAAAUAACCAAGUUGCCAGGUCAUCGGUACCUGUUAGAAAGGCGAGCUCUGAGCAGAAAGUGAUCUAGUCUUGUUAACUGCCCCUCCCCCUUCUUAUAUCUUAUGCAUUUGAAAGGCCCAAGCCCAGAGGGGUUCCUGAAGGGAACACUGGCUUUGGUCACUUGUCCUUGAAACAAUCAACUGCUUUCUAGCUGUAUGCUCCUGGGCGAGUAACUUAACUUCUCUGGACCUUAGUUUCCUCCCAUCUAAACUAGGGACAGUGAUCAUUGGUAAUGAUUUUAAUCUCAUAUUACUAUGCUGUGGAUCCCAUAAAAGAAUACAUGUUGAGCAUUAAAUACAUAGUAAUCGCUCAAACUAUGUUGGCUGCUACUGUUAUUAUGAUGGUUGUUGCUUCCUGCUCAGCCUUUGGAAUUAUACCAUUCGCAUUUAUUUUUAUCAUUUUGAAUCGGGUGACAGCCUAGUGGCUUUAAGGCUUGACUCACUUGCUGUGUGGGCCGAUGACUGGGAUCCCGGGAAGCUGAGUGCUAGGACUGUAGUUUCUAGUGGGAGAGUGUCACUCUCCUAAGGCCCUUCUCCAGCUUUAGGAGGGUAGCCAGAAAGAAAAUUUUUCCCUGGGUCCAGGCUCAGACUCAACCUUCCGGGAGGCAGCUGGAUGAGCUGGGGCUGUGGGUGUCAUGGGAAAGGUGGGGACCUGGGAAGGGUGUCUCUGGAGCUAAGGGUCUCUCCCUCCCCUUCCUGCCACAUGCCCCAGCAUUUUGGGGCUGAAGACGGGAUAGGCUAGGCAGGAUCCACCCCCCUCCCCAUCACCACCUACUAGGGACACGGCCUCCAGAUAGCAACCACACAGCGCAUAGUCUUCCUGGCCUAAGGGGCCUGUUCUGGACCAGGAGACAUCACCUGCCCCUGUAGCACAAGCUUGCUGCUGGCAGGAGGCAGUAACUUUUUCACAAGGUCUUACCAGUCGGCAGAUUUGAACCGGCUUUUGACAGUCACUAGCAGUGUGUUCCCAGCAUUGUGGACACUCAUUUGACAGUAAAAGUUGAGCCCCAGCUGUGUGCUUGUCAGUGUUUUCGUAGCUGGGGAUAGAGUCAUGGGCAAGGCAGGUCACAUCUCCACCCCUGGGGAAAGCUUACCUUCCUGGUCGUGGAGGGAAGAGGAAAAUAAACAGGAUACAGGGCCAGGAAAAAAAUAAAACAGGAGUAUGUACUCCAGAGGGCUUGGAAGGGGGUUACUUGAGACCUGAGAAGGUGGCAUAUGAACUAGGACAUGAGUGAUAAGCAGCCAGCAGCUGGAGGCGAGGAGAGCAUGCCAGUAGAUGGAAGAGCUGGUGCAAAGGUCCUGAGGCAGGAGGAGGCCUGGAGCAUUUGGGAAGCCACAUUGUGGCUAGAACAUUCAGAAUGAGAAAGGGGAAAGGGCCAGAUCCCACACGGCCCUAUGGGUCAUGGGGAAGGCUCUGGAUUUUAUUCUCUGUGAUGGGAGCCUUAGAGCCUUCUCAAUAGAGAAGUGACACGAUAGGGUUUGUGUUUUCAAAGGAUCUUAUAGACUAUGCAGGCAAGAGUAAAGCCAGGAGCCAGUGAUGAGAGGGUCCAGGCAAGAGAUGAUGGUAGCCCAGACUAGCAUGGUAUUGAUAAAGAUGGAGGGAAAUGCCCAGCCCUAGGAUCUAUUUUGGAGGAAUUAUUGACAAGUCUUAAAAACUAAGUGGCUAGGGAAUUCCCUGGCAGUCUAGUGGUGAGGACUCCAUGCUUUCACGCUGGGGCCCGGGUUUAACCCCUGGUUGGGGAACUAAGAUCCUACAAGCUACAUGGUGUAGCCAAAACAAAAAACAAGAAAACUGGAUAUAGAGGAUGAAGGAAACACACAUUAUUAUAUCUAAUUUCCCCAUUCCCCCAAAAGUUCAUUUUUGAAGCCAGUCUACAAGUGAGGGAAGUGAGGUUUUCUUUCCAUUUCCUUGGGAGGGCCUUGUCCAAGAUGUAAACCAUUCAGUUAAGUAUCUGGCAUCUAAAACAGUUGGCAAACUACAGCCUUCACCUGUUUUAUAUGGCCUGUGAGCUAAGACUGAUUUUUACAUUUUUAAGACUGAUAUUUUGUGACAUGAUUAAUAUAUCAUGAUAUGUGAAAAUUAUGAAAAUUCAAAUCUAAGUAUCUAGAAAUAAACUUUUAUUGGCACACAGCCACACUUGCUUGUUUACAUAUUGUCCAUGGCUACUUUAAUACUCCAGGGGCAAAGUUGAGUCAUUGCAAUAGGCUGUCUGUCUUCAAAGCCAAAAAUGUUGACUGCACAGAAAUUUGCCAGCCCCUGACCUAAAGAAUUGAUUCAAACUUUCUCCAAAAACAGGUGUUGGCUUUGAAGAUAGGUGCAGCCAUUGGUGCUUUUUUUUGGCAGUUUUGUUGCUAAGGAACAGAUUUGCUGAGUCAUGCUCAGAUAGACCGGGAAUGCCUCAUCCUGUAUAAAUAUUUGUGACUUAUUCCUCUCUAGGGAACACCCUACAGAACUCUGCUUAACCUAGUCUUCCACAAAUGGCAAAAAAAUGGGGGUUCCCUGGUGAAAUAGUUAUGGGAAAUAUGUCAUUCUGUAUCAUUCUUCCUAGAGACUAACAAUGACAGUGCUGAGAAGGUCUCCCAACAGAUAAGUUGGUUUAACUGUUUUAUCCAUCUCCUCUUCCCCCCCCUUUUUUUUUUUUUUUUUUUUGUGUGUGUGUGUUACGCAGGCCUCUUACUGCUGUGGCCUCUCCUGUUGCGGAGCACAGGCUCCGGACACACAGGCUCAGCGGCCAUGGCUCACGGGCGCAGCCGCUCCGCGGCAUGUGGGAUCUUCCCGGACCGGGGCAUGAACCCGUGUCCCCUGCAUCGUCAGGCGGACUCUCAACCACUGUGCCACCAGGGAAGCCCCCUUCCCCUUUUUGAGCUCAGCCUUUCAGUUGUCUCAUCGCCACCUUCCUCUGCCCCUGAGGGGAAGGGAGGAGGCCUGCAGGGUUGGCACCUUGAGGAGGAGAAAGCACCAGCAAGUGUGGAGCUUUUAAAGCCCUUUUGUGGUGGGAGGGGCCCCUAGGGGCCAGCUCUCUUAGGGCUGGGAAAGUCCAAGCCAGGGUUUCUCAGUGCCCCCAGAACCACCUGCCUCUGAAUCAUCCAGGGGACUAGCUCAAACAGCAGACUCCAGGGUCAUCCCAGACUCUGGCAGUGGGGCCUAGGAACCUGCAUUUAACUAACUCCCCAGGUGAGGCUGAUGAACACCAGAGUCAGAGUCCCCCUUGGCACCUCUUUCCAAGAGCUUGAGGACUGUGUCUCUCUCUCCCUUCCAGCCCCAACUGGCAUGGAUGUUUGUUGAAUGAAUAAUAAUAAUAGCAACUUCCAUUUCUCAGUGCUUAUUGGGUGCUGGGCUGAUCACAUUGGAUCUUUACAACAGCCUUAUGAAUCAGGUGUUCUCAUCAUCCCCAGGUGACAGAUGGGAAAACUGAGGCCCAGAGGAAAGUCAGUUACACGUUUAUGAAUUAAGAGACAGGCCAGGGUUCAUGUGGAGGUGGGUCUGACACUGGGCAGACAGGUGCUGAUUAGCUGCAGUGACUUGAGCACCUGAUCUGGUCCAGAGUUUGGACCCAGUAGUAUGAGACCUGAGGAGGUGGGCCUCUCUAAUGCUGGCAGAAGAGUUGGGGAAGGGCAGGGGCUGGGGGAAGAUGUCUUCUCUGUGUGCAUGGCAGGCAGUAGCCUCUUCCCUCUCCCGGUGGGCAAGCUCCCCCUGCUGCCUGAGUCCCUGGCAGGCCACCCUUCCGUCUUGCCCAGUGGGAAAGCCCAGAACAGCGCCCCUGGACCUGAACCAGGGCCCAUUCCCCCUUGGCAAGAGAGACCAUGUGCCUCACCCAGCUCCUGGGAGAGGGACCACAACCUUUUAGCAGCCACAAAAGCUGCCUCUGCCUGGUCAGGUGGGCCCCAUUCUGAGGUCAGCAGGGGCUGCUGGGCCUGCCCUGUGGCCAGGACCUGUUCCCAGCCCAGCUGCCCCUGGUCCUAGAAGGCCACUUUCCUUGAGGAGCUCACAUCUGGUGUCACCACCCGUAACUGGCCUCACUUCUGUGGCAGCAAGCAGCUCGGGAGGCUUUUUGGACUCAAACAGCUUCUGUGUGUCUGGCACCCCACUGGGAAUGGUACUCAGCCAAGAAUCCAAGCCCAGAUGGCAGGCGAUUAGGGAGCUGGCACGGGCUGGCUGGGAGGUAGCUUCCCCAUGACUUUCCUUUCUGGCAAUUAGCCGACUAGUCAAGUGCUUAGAAUGCCCAGGGUUCAGACUCGGUCCUGCCACUUCCCUGCUGUGUGGCCUGGGGCAAUCUCAACCUCUCUGAGCCUCAGCUCCUCCUCUGGCAGAAGGAACCCAAAUUCAGAUGUGAUCGUUGCAAAGUCUUAAAUUAAGUAAUGUAGGGGGACUUCCCUGGUGACGCAGUGGUUAAGAAUCUGCCUGCCAGUGCAGGGGACACAGGUUCGAGCCCUGGUCCAGGAAGAUCCCAUAUGCCGCGGAGCAACUAAGCCCGUGCGCCACAAGUACUGAGCCCGCGUGCCGCAACUAAUGAAGCCAGCGUGCCUAGAGCCCAUGCUCCACCACAAUGAGAAGCCCGGGCACCGCUCGCCGCAACUAGAGAAAGCCCGUGCGCAGCAACGAAGACCCAAUGCAGCCAAAAAUAAAUAAAUUAAUUAAUUAAAAAAAAAAGAAAACCACAAGCUUAAAAAACAAAAAAAGUCAUGUAGGGACUUCCCUGGCGUGGCGGUCCAGUGGUUAAGACUCCACGCUUCCACUACAGGGGGCACGGGUUCAACCCCUGGUCAGGGUACUAAGAUCCCACGUGCCACGUGGCGCGGCCAAAAAACAAAAAUUAAAAUUGAGUAAUGUAAAGAAAGCACUCAGCACAGUGCCCAGCCUGCAGGAGCCCUCAGAAGAACUGUAUUAUUUGUUUUUGGGUGAGAGCCGGAGCUCUCCCAGCACAGGGGUCCCCCAGGCGCUGGGGCCUAGGAAGGAAGAAGGCAGGAAUCCUGGGCAGGGAUGAGUGGAAGAGGUGCAGACCAGCUCCAGUCCAUACUUAGUUGCCCUGCAGUAACGAUGGAUUCGUUAUAUCUUGCCACCAGCCUCAGGAUUUAAUUAAGUUACUGAUGAACUCAAAUGUGUCUCUAGGGAGCCAGGAGCUGUCCCUGGUUUCCUCUGCCUGUAGAUUAAUUCUUGUUUUUCCUUCUUGUUUUUUCCUCCUCUUCUCCCCCGCCCCGCCCCACCUUUCUUCCCAAGCAAGCAAAAAAAAAAAAAGAAAAAAAAAAAAGAAAAGCCUUAUUUAUUAUCAUUUUCCCCACUGUUGGCAUGGCAACACAGGCGUACGUUACUGAGCUACAGGCAGCCCCGCAACCAUCCCAGCCGCCACAGGCCCCUCCACAAGCCCAGCCCCAGCCACCGCCACCACCAGCCUCAGCAGCACCCCAGCCUCCCCAGCCCCCCGCCACCACCGCCACCCCCCAGCCCCAGUAUGUCACCGAGCUGCAGAGUCCGCAGCCUCAGGCACAGCCACCGGGCGGCCAGAAGCAGUACGUGACAGAGCUCCCGGCCACCCCCACGCCCUCGCAGCCGGCCGGCACACCCGCCCCGUCCCCGGCAUCCCAGCAGUACAUCGUGGUCACCGUCUCCGAAGGUGCCAUGCGGGCCAGCGAGACUGUGUCAGAGGCCAGCCCGGGCUCCACGGCCAGCCAGACUGGAGUCCCCACUCAGGUGGUGCAGCAGGUGCAGGGCACCCAGCAGCGGCUGCUGGUCCAGACGAGUGUGCAGACCAAGCCGGGCCACGUGUCACCCCUCCAGCUCACCAACAUCCCGGUGCCCCAACAGGCUCUCCCCACACAGCGUCUGGUGGUGCAGAGCACAGUCCCGGGCGGCAAGAGUGGCCAGGUCUCCCUGACGGUGCAUGGCACGCAGCAGGUGCACUCACCUCCUGAGCGGUCGCCAGUGCAGGCCAAUAGCUCCUCCAGCAAGACGGCUGGGGCCCCCACGGGCACGGUGCCUCAGCAGCUGCAAGUCCACGGCGUCCAGCAGAGUGUCCCCGUCACCCAAGAGAGGUCCGUGGUCCAGGCCACUCCACAAGUGCCCAAAGCUGGCCCCGUGCAGCAGCUCACAGUGCAAGGGCUCCAGCCGGUCCACGUGGCUCAAGAGAGCUCAGGCAGUCAGUUUCCCGCUAGGAAGGCAGAGCAGCAAGAGCCCCGGCCCACGCCGCCACCGGAGCCGCCGCCCCGGCCGCCCACGCCUGGGCCCGGGCCGGGCGUGCUGGUCCCGGAACCGCCAGCGUGCAGCGGGGAGGCCCCGCAGCUAGGCAGCCCCGAGCCGCCGACGCCCCAUUACGAGCCGGGCGCCGAGCAGUGGGUGGAGCUGGUGGGCGUGCUGCCCCCGCACCUGCUCCUGCCGCAGCAGAGAGUGGUCCUCGAGCCACGGCCCGGGCUCCUGGCCCGAGCCAGCCCCGACCAGAGGGUCAGGAUCCAGAGAGUCCCCCAAGUGCUAGUGUUCGGCACGGCCGCCACGGCCCUCAAAGUGCAGCAGCUCCAGCAGGUGCCAGUCCCACAUGUGUACUCCAGCCAAGUGCAGUAUGUGGAGGGCAGUGAUGCCAGCUACACGGCCAGCGCCAUCCGCUCCAGCACCUACCCCUACCCCGAGACGCCGCUGUACACGCAGACGGCAGGCACCAGCUACUAUGAGGCCGCGGGCACGGCUGCCCAGGUCAGCACACCUGCCACCUCCCAGGCGGUGGCCAGCAGUGGCUCUGUGCCCAUGUACGUGUCCGGCAGCCAGGUCGUCGCCAGCUCCACCAGCAGUGGGAGUGGGGCCAGCAACAGCAGCAGCAGCGGCGGCAGUGGCGGCGGGGGAGGCGGUGGCGGGGGCGGUGGCAGUGGCAGCAGCAGUGGCAGCGGAGCAGGCACCUACGUGAUCCAAGGCGGCUACAUGCUGGGCAGUGCCAGCCAGUCCUACUCCCACACCACCCGUGCCUCACCAGCCACUGUCCAGUGGCUCCUGGACAACUAUGAGACAGCCGAGGGUGUGAGCCUGCCUCGGAGCACCCUCUACUGCCACUACCUGCUGCACUGCCAGGAGCAGAAGCUGGAGCCCGUCAACGCCGCCUCCUUCGGCAAGCUCAUCCGCUCUGUCUUCAUGGGCCUGCGCACCCGACGUCUCGGCACCAGGGGCAACUCCAAGUACCACUACUAUGGCCUGCGCAUCAAGGCCAGCUCACCCCUGCUGCGGCUGAUGGAGGACCAGCAGCACAUGGCCAUGCGGGGCCAACCCUUCUCGCAAAAACAGAGGCUCAAACCCAUCCAGAAGAUGGAGGGCAUGACCAACGGUGUGGCCGUGGGGCCACAGCAGGCCACUGGGCUGUCCGACAUCAGCGCCCAGGUCCAGCAGUACCAGCAGUUUCUGGAUGCCUCGAGGAGCCUUCCUGCCUUCUCAGAGCUCGACCUCCAGGGCAAAGUGCUGCCCGAAGGCAUCGGGCCUGGGGACAUCAAGGCCUUCCAGGCCCUGUACCGGGAACACUGUGAGGCCAUCGUCGAUGUCAUGGUGAACCUGCAGUUCACCCUGGUGGAGACGCUGUGGAAAACCUUCUGGAGGCACGAUGAGGCCGAGAAGCGGCUGCCCAAGGCCAGCCUGGUGCUCCUCUCCAAGUUCGAGCCUGUGCUCCAGUGGACCAAGCACUGUGACAACGUGCUGUACCAGGGCCUGGUGGAGAUCCUCAUCCCCGAUGUGCUGCGGCCCAUCCCCAGUGCCUUGACCCAAGCGAUCCGGAACUUUGCCAAGAGCCUGGAGAGCUGGCUCACCCACGCCAUGGUGAACAUACCUGAGGAGAUGCUGCGGGUGAAGGUGGCAGCGGCCGGCGCCUUCGCGCAGACCCUGCGGCGCUACACGUCGCUCAACCACCUGGCGCAGGCGGCGCGUGCUGUGCUGCAGAACACCGCGCAGAUCAACCAGAUGCUGAGCGAUCUCAAUCGCGUGGACUUCGCCAACGUGCAGGAGCAGGCCUCGUGGGUAUGCCGCUGCGAGGACCGCGUGGUGCAGCGGCUGGAGCAGGACUUCAAAGUGACUCUGCAGCAGCAGAACUCACUGGAGCAGUGGGCGGCCUGGCUGGACGGUGUCGUGAGCCAAGUGCUUAAGCCCUACCAGGGCAGCGCCGGCUUUCCCAAGGCUGCUAAGCUCUUCCUCCUCAAGUGGUCCUUCUACAGCUCCAUGGUGAUCCGGGACCUGACUCUGCGCAGCGCCGCCAGCUUCGGCUCCUUCCAUCUCAUACGGCUGCUCUACGAUGAGUACAUGUACUACCUGAUCGAGCAUCGCGUGGCCCAGGCCAAGGGCGAGACCCCCAUUGCCGUCAUGGGCGAGUUCGCCAACCUGGCCACCACGCUGAACCCCCUGGACCCGGACAAAGACGAGGAGGAGGAAGAGGAGGAGGAAAGCGAGGACGAGCUGCCGCAGGACAUCUCGCUCGCGGCCGGUGGCGAGUCACCCGCGCUGGGCCCCGAGGCUCUGGAGCCACCGGCCAAGCUGGCGCGGACAGACGCACGUGGCCUCUUCGUGCAGGCGCUGCCCUCCAGCUAAGCCUGUGGCCUCCCCUGCCGCACCCCGCCGCCCCGCCCGCCCUACCCUGCUGCCCCUCCUCGCCAGGGUCCCUCACAGCUUCUGUGGCUUCGCUGUCACCGCUCCAGCCUCGGCCGGGGCCGGGAGGGGGCCUCCGAGACAGGGAAGGUAAGGGGGUCCCUGCCCCGGAUGGAGCGGGCACAAUCACAGGGCCGGGCGGAGCCGCAGCUGCAAACUCUGACACAAAAGACGUGCCUUAAGGAACCCGCCGACGUGCCCAGGUGCCCCCUGGGGCAGCCAGCUUGGCCCUUGGCCCCGAAGGCCGCAGCAUCUCCCUCCCCCACCCCCUCCCAGGGGGCAGGCAGGCAGGCCCCCUCCCUUGCAGAACUGUUAACUUAUUCAGCUCGCUGGCUUUGCACAGCCUGUCCUAGGCCCAGCCCUGAGCCCCGGGUGGGCGCAGGUGGGCAUCACCUGGGGACCCGCCACUGUCAGCAGCAGCCCCGGGAUCCCUCCCCCAGCAGCCCCACCGCUUCCCACUCCUUGGUAUAAGUGCAAUUAAAGCUGUGGGUGUCGCAUCUUCUCCAGAGCUGGGCCCUCCCUUGCCCCGCAGCCCUAGAGGGGGGCACUGCCCGGCCUGGAUAGGGGGAGGGCAGAAGGGGCACCACCUCCAGCUUCCAAAGAGCAGCAGGCUGGACAGGGCGCCAAGCCCAGAGGGACCUGCUGCAGGCAGCGGGCCCGGAAGUGCCCACGCCUGCCCCAGCCAGGGCUGGGUGCUCCACUCGCUCAGAUCCUGGACCCCGAGUCCUGGGCCCUCCUCGCCGCUGGUCUGUAAUGGAAUCUCUACGCUCCUACUCUCCCUGGAGACCGUGCUUCUCCUCCAUGCGUGCGAUCCCCGCCCUCCACAUGACUAUUGUGCGAUUUGUGAGCGCCGCCUGAGCGGAGUCGGUAACUUGUUGGGUUUUUUUCCAACCAUCAUGGCCUUAUCUGUUCCGGUUUUCUCAGUGUUUUCAACCUGUGAGAUAGAUGUUUAUGGCAAAAAGCGAAAAAAAGAAAAAAGAAAAAACAAACCUGAUCUAUUGUAUAAAAAUCACUAUUUUGUGUGCUCCGUGUGCUCCAGCUUUUGGGGUGGCUUGCCGACUCCCCCUCCUUACCCCUCGGGGCCUCCCUUCUCCUGGUGGUGGAAGUGUCCACGCGUGUGGUAGUCUAGUGUGCCGAGCUGUUUUCUACCUUUUUGUAGUCUUUCUUAAAACACAAUAAAUUCCGCUGUGAUA